GUGUGUGUGUGUGUGUGUGUGUGUGUGUGUGUGUGUGUGUGUGUGUGUGUAAAACUCACUCACCACGGCCUGAUCACGUGUUGGACUCGUAAUCGCCAGCAGGUACCCUCCCAACGUGCCCAAGUGCUCAUUAUUGUCGAUCUCAGGGCACUACCAGGACCUCACACCCCCCACACCCCAUCCCCCUUGCUCAAGGGGGGACAGAACUACUCCUAGUCAACGGAAAGAUUCCGGCCUGAGAUGGCUCGAACCGCCGCCCUGUCAGACCCUGAAGCCUUGCAGCGCAGCGCUCUAAUCAGUUGCGCCACGGGAGAGGUGCUGCCCCGGGGGGAGUCUGCCCUGGAGGUCUGCAUGUCCCCCCUGGCGUCGUGUGAGCCUGACUGUACUGGCACGGACAGCGGCGACAAAGUGGCCGACCCCCAAAACUGCACCAAUUACUACUUAUGCUUCAGCGGCCAACCGUUGGACCACCCGAACAGCUGUGGCAGCACUAGCCACUUCGACCCGGACGCCCAUGACUGUGUGGCCGGGACGGAGUGUGAGCCCGUGUGUGGUGGUGGAGGCUCGGGCUGCGCCAUAACCUGCUACGAAAACUUGAGCGUGGUCUCCAACCCCUUCGACUGCCACACAUACUACAUCUGCAACCCCACCGAGCCCGUUCUUGUGCGGUGCAGUGAUGAGUACCCUUUCUUUGACGGCACCGACUGCACCAAAGAUGAUACUUUCUGCUGCCCCCCAUACUGCGGCGUGAACUGCGACGGCGGAGCCACCGUCAUGGUGCCGGACCCCGAUGACUGUGGCUUGUUCUACGUGUGUGAAGACGGCGUGCAAGGCUAUCCAGGUGAUGACCACCAUUACAAAUGCGGCGACGGGCACUACUUCAACAUAACGCUUGGCAAUUGUGAGGAAGGCGACCCAAACUCCUGCACCACACUGUGCGAGGCCGCCACGGGGACUACCACCACCACCCCCACCACCCCCACCACCCCCAGCACCGGUGACUGCGUGACCACCUUCACCUGUCCCGCAGCGGGUGACUUCCCCGCCUGCCAAACCUGCCAGCCGCAAUACUUUAACUGUGCCGGCGCGGGCGUGUCGGGCGUGAUGACCACAUGCCCCGGUGACUCGGUCUUCAACCCCACGCCAGGCUACGGCUUCUGUGUCCUGCCCGCCAACUGCCCCUACCCUCAUGCCCCCAUACUUCCCUCCCCGACCCCUGAUGCCCCUAUGCCCCCCUCCCCUACCCCUGAUGCCACCAUACCCCCCUCCCCGACCCCCGAUGCCCCUAUGCCCCCCUCCCCUACCCCUGAUGCCCCCAUGCCCCCCCUCCCCGACCCUUGAUGCCCCCAUGCCCCCCCUCCCCGACCCCUGAUGCCCCUAUGCCCCCCACCCCGACCCCAGAUGGCCCCAUGCCCCCCCUCGCCGACCCAUGAUGCCCCCAUGCCCCCCCUACCCGACCCCUGAUGCCCCCAUGCCCCCCCUCCCCGACCCCUGAUGCCCCCAUGCCCUCCUCCGCUACCCCUGAUACCCCCCUCCCCUACCCCUGAUGCCCCCAUACCCCCAUCCCCUACCCCUGAUGCCCCCAUGCCCCCCUCCCCUACCCCUGAUGCCCCCAUGCCCCCAUCCCCUACCCCUGAUGCCCCCAUGCCCCCCCUCUCCAACUCCUGAUGCCCCAACCCCAGCACGCCUCCUCCCCUCCCUUGCUCUAACAUACUCACCUUCCUCCCCAGCCUCUAAACUCCCAUUCUCUCUCCUCCCCUCUCAUCGCCCCUCAGUUCCCCCUUCCAGACUGGUUAUGAUGAUGAUGAUGAUGAUGACGAUGAUGACAGGAGCCAUACCUCAGGUCGUGUGACAUGGUUGUCUAUAAUCAAUUAAUAUAUCGUGCCCCCACCCAUGAAGAAGUAUACACAUGUACGUACGUACGUAUGUAAGUACUGUACGUGGUGUGGGUCUUCCCACGACAUGUAUCAUUCCUGUCUUGGUUGGUAAUAAUAACUGCUGCCGCUAAAC